UAACCGGCUGGAGGCGGCGGAACCAGUGUUCGAACGAGUUUGGCGAGGGUCUGAGAUUAGUCCCGGAUCUUUUACGUACUUUACCCCCACCAUCUCCCUCAUUGCACUCGGGCCGAUUCAAAUUGCUGCCCUUGGAAGAUCGGGCGAGCAGUUGGCACGAAAACGGCCAACAAACGUUCUUCCGAAAAUGAUCAAGACUCAUCACCGGACGGCGUCCAGAAGCCUGGAGACCGUGGAGGUGAAGAGUAAGUUUGGAGCUGAAUUUCGGCGCUUUUCCUUGGAUCGAUCCAAACCUGGAAAAUUUGAAGAGUUUUAUGGAUUAUUGCAGCAUGUCCACAGAAUUCCAAACGUUGAUGUUUUAGUGGGUUAUGCUGACAUUCAUGGGGAUUUGUUACCGAUAAAUAAUGAUGACAACUAUCUGAAGGCAAUUAAGACGGCAAACCCACUUCUCAGGGUUUUUCUACAAAGAACAGAAGAUGCUGACUACAGUGCUUUUGGUACUGACACUUUAACACGGAAAAAGAACGUCUUGUCAAAUGUACUGCGUCCUGACAACCGAAAGAAACCUCCAAUUGCUAUCAGCUUGCCACGUGAUUUCCGCCCUGUGUCUUCGAUCAUUGAUGUGGAUGUUCUUCCAGAAACCCAUCGAAGAGUGCGGCUGUAUAAACAUGGAUCUGAUAAACCACUGGGAUUCUAUAUUCGUGAUGGCUCGAGUGUCCGAGUAACUCCUCAUGGACUGGAAAAAGUCCCUGGAAUUUUCAUAUCCAGAUUGGUGCAGGGGGGAUUAGCUGAAAGCACUGGUCUGUUGGCUGUAAAUGAUGAAGUUCUUGAGGUAAAUGGUAUUGAGGUAUCAGGUAAAAGCCUUGAUCAAGUGACUGAUAUGAUGAUUGCAAAUAGCCACAAUCUAAUCAUAACUGUGAAACCAGCAAAUCAAAGAAAUAAUGUGAGGAUCACUCGGACUUCUGGUACUUCAGGCCAGUUUGCUGACGCCGGUACCAGUCAUCCCACUUUUGUGGCAUCCCCGCAUGUUGUGCAGAAUUUCCAUUCAGAAGAAGUGGACAGUGAUGAAGAAACAGACAUAGUUAUAGAGGGCAAUGGUGAGCCACAGCACAUUCCAGUGGCAGCGUCAACCACUGCUAGUAUAAUGUCUUUAACAAAAACUGACAACGAUCAUGGUUUAACACCGAAUGGUUCUGUUGCCAGCAGUGAAGGAAAUACACACACAUUAAAUGCUACCCUGAAAGUGGAUUCUGUGGAAAACGAAGAUCUGAAUAAACAAAGCAUGGAGGAGGAUGGCACAGUUAUUACACUAUAGGUUUCUUACCCUGCACCUAAAGGGUGCUAAUACAUGUUUUUAGAGCAGCCUGUUAUGAUUUUUAUAUGCUAUACAGUAACUUUUUUGUCAUAAUUUUCAAAUUGUUGCAUGUGUGAAAUGAGCAGCAUGAUGUUUUAACUAGUAUGCAUCUCAAAAAAUACACAACUUGAAAUGGAUGGAUGAUAUUCCUUUCCAUUUCUAUACGUAUACUUUUAAAUAGGAGUACUUAUAAGAGAAUUGCAACUUAUACAAAGUUGCAACAUAAAAUCUCUCCCACCCAAACAGAUUAACCUGAGAAAAAUAUAACUAUUAUGACGAUCUAAAUAUUGAUCUGAUAUAUACUCAUUGUAGAAACACAAAGAUCUGACUGUUUACAAUACAAUUCCUACACUGGCCAUCUUAAUUUUCUUUAAGAUCCUUAAUAGUUGUACUUAAGUACCAAAGAAACAGCUUUAAUGUAACAAGUCUUGAUUUCUUAAGCAUGUUUCUUGCUCCCCUCUGUUUUCAUUUUAAAAGAUUUUUGUGAAGGGGACAUGCUAUUGAUAAGGUAGCAUUAACCACUUUCCAUUACUACCUUGCUUACCCACAGUGUCUUCAUAAUAAGAUGGGAUGAGCAAUAAUUGUAAAUUUCAUCGUACUCCAGUAGUUAUAUAAUUACUAUACAGUUCCUUCCAAACAUACAUGUUGCAGAGAUCGAGAUGAAAAGCCCAGCUCUCUGGCUUUUAUUUUAAUAUAACUGGUCAUGAUCAAAUAUUCUAUUCAACUAAAGGAGUAGAAAAGUAUAUAAUUAUGGCUCAAAACAGAAUAGUUAAGGUACUAGCUAUACCUGUAGGCUACUUUAGCUCACUACAAUUGUUUUUUGUACUGUAGAUCUAUGUAAACAUACAAAUCAUUUUGAUAUUUGUUACCAGAAAGUAUUCCUAGCUUGCCUUUUUUUAAAAAUGUGAAUGUCCUCAGAAUUACUGAUAAUGUGAAUCUAAACAUAGGAAUUCUGCAAGGAAAUGAAAGUUAAAGUGCUGGCACCCAAACAAGCCAUUAAAUUCUUGUGUUUCUGACAGACUUUAUAAACCCAAAUCAGACAAGACUAAAUUGUCGAUAAUAAAAUGUGAGGCUGGAUGAACACAGCAGGCCAAG